GUUUGAAAGCGGAGUCAUUGAUGAAGCUGCAUAGGUUCGAGGAAGCCGAUGAAGCCAUGAAAAAAGGUCCGAAUUUUGACGUUGAUGAAUGCACAAAAUUUCUGGGGCCGAUUGGGAAUGCGAGUUUGCUAAUCGUACAAGCUCAAGUCGACAUGGGCGCCGGCAGGGUGGAGGAGGCGGCGGCGGCGGCGCAGAGAGCGAGCCAGCUGGACGCGAACAGCAAGGAGGUGGGCACGGUGGCGCGUAGAACACGGGCCGUGGCGGCGGCUAGAUUAAACGGUAAUGAAUUGUUUAAGGCGGGAAGGUUUUCAGAGGCGAGUGUGGCUUAUGGAGAAGGACUGGAACAUGAUCCCUAUAAUGCCGUCUUGUUGUGCAACCGCGCUGCCUGCCGGACGAAAUUGGGACAGUACGAGAAAGCGUUGGAGGAUUGCAACGCCGCCGUCAACCUCCGGCCGUCGUUCACCAAGGCUAGGUUAAGGAGAUCCGACUGUCUCUUUAAGAUGGGAAAAUGGGAAGCAUGCAUGCAAGAAUGCGAGGUGUUGAUGAAAGAGACACCAGACAAUGAAGAGAUUGGGAAGAUGAUGAAGGAAGCUCAGCUUCUGCUUAGAAAACACCAUGAAAAUGGUAGCAGAGAGGGCGAGAGAUCUAAGUGUUGAAGAAGACUGGAAGUUCGUUGUUGAUUCUUGCAGGGAAAAGGACAAACUGGAGCAGAAAGAUGGGGACGACGACAGAGGAAUAAGAAUGGAUUCCUGGAAUGGAAUGAAGCAGUAAUCAAGAAUUGCAGUGUCAUUGUUCAUGUUGUGGUGCUUCAUUUUCUUAGAUUGAGAUGGUUUGGCUAAAUCCCAGGGGAGGUUUAGUGAUGAGUUCUUGUUUGUAUUGGAUGAUUUGUUAAACAAAUUUUGUGGUGAAUAUGAAUUUAAAUUAACCAAAUUAUAUAAUACAAUAUCAUUUUUGGUAAACAUA